AUGGCGGGCGAUUGUUGGAAUUUCGUCAAAGGAGUGCAAAUAAACAUGAAUUUUACAAAAAUACUGCGGGUCUACGGAGCGGGAACUCUUCGGAUUCAGAUUCAGCAUGUUUAAAAGUGGUAAGUUAUGUAAAAGUAUUUGAGUUACGAGGCACGGUAAAUGAAAGUGAAAGAUAUUGGGCCACGACAAACGGCCUAUAGGAGACAUUGUUAUUAUUCGUAACGACCAAACGAAACGUAAUUUUUGGAAAUUGGCGAAAGUGGAGCAACUACUCCGCGGUGAAGACGGGGUUCCUCGUGCUGCUGUUGUCACAGUUCUUCGUGAGAAUUCAAAUAAUUCGCAGUUAUUAAGACGCUCAAUCCAGCACUUGAUCCCUAUUGAAGUGAGACACGAAAGUGAGACCGACGGAUUAAAGAACGCAUAUCAAGAAAGUGAAGAGACGGCGAACGCACAAGUAUUACGUCCAACUGAGCGACCGCAACGGAAUGCAGCCAUAACCGGACAAUUGAAACGGUUGAAACAGAUGGGCAAGUUGUAG